AUGGCAGCCUUGAGCUGCAAUUUUAAUCCAAUAAAUCAUGAGAGUUGUGUAAAAGCCAAAACCACCAGGCUUUCCACCUCUUGCUCAAUGCAGCCCUCUCAAAACAACAUCAAGGUAGUCAUAAAUGGAGCAGCCAAAGAAAUAGGGAGGGCAGCUGUAGUUGCAGUGACAAAAGCUAGAGGGAUGGAAGUAGCUGGUGCAGUGGAUUCUUAUCUUGUAGGAGAAGAUGUUGGAAAGGUGUGUGACAUGGAAGAGGCUCUGCAAAUACCCAUAAUAAAUGAUCUCACCAUGGUUUUGGGUUCUAUAUCUCAGUCAAAAGACACUGCUGUUGUUGUGGAUUUCACGGACCCUUCUACAGUUUAUGACAAUGUCAAACAGGUUCACUCUUCAAUCUCAUUCACCAACUUCCAAAAUUAUUGUUACCAAUAA